AUGGUCUGCAUACGGAGCAAAAAUCACACUAAUGUCGUCAAUCUGAUUGACAAGUACGAGGCGCGCUUUCAGACGGUCCAAGCGAGUGGCGUCGACUGGCGUCUGGAGCAGUACCUCAAGACGAUAUAUAAGCUGCUUGAUGAUGAGGAGAAGGCUACGGGUAAAUUAAACGACGAGCUUAUUACCGCGAAGAAGAAGGCCGACUUCUUUAAGGGCCUCCUGGAGGCGCAGUCAAAGAGUGCCGUUCUCGAGAAGUACCAGGCAAUCAACGCUGUUCCGGCGCUGGUGCCGCAAAUUGGCAGCAGCAGCAUCAACGGCACUAGAAACCAGAGCACCGAGAGCAGCAUUCGUCAGCGAAAUCUCACCAAGGCGAUUCACUUGAACAAGGCCGAGCAGGAGAUUCGAAGGGAGCUACUGCAGCAGCCUCAGAAGGGGCUGGAUUCGGAGGGCAGCAAACAACAGCUGUCGGCGGUUAAGCUGCACUCGGGGAAGAACUUUGACGACAUCGUCAAGUACCACAAGCUGCUCCAGGAGAACGUCACCAAUGAGAUGAUUGAGCUGACGCGCAACCUCAAGCACAACAUUACCGUGAGCAAUGAGAUAGUGCGCAAGGACACUGAGCUUCUCGAGAAGACGAACGUCACCGCGGACACGCAGUACAGCAAGCUGCGCCAGAACACCAACAAGAUCAGCGAGUUUGCGAACAAGGCCUGCGAGUACUGGCUGUGGAUCUCCAUCGCCAUCGUCGUCGUCACCUUCCUCACCAUGGUCAUCUUCAUUCGACUCUUCUAA